UCACUGCACUUUUCCAAUCGACUCGCUAGCUGAGCCAUCUGAACAUGCGGUGCAUAGUACCUGCAUUACUUGCAGUAAGCGCACUAGUCACUCUGAGCCAUGCAGCGAGAAUUUUGGCGGUGUUCGCGAUGGGUUCUCACAGCCACUUCAUCCUGGGCUUCCGGCUAGCCAAAGAACUGGCGGAUAGGGGACAUCAGGUGACGUUCGUCAACGCUUUUCCACAGAAAAAGCCCAUUAAAAACUUGAGGGAAAUCUCGGUGGCAGAAAUUAGAGAAGGGCUCGACAAAAAAAGGAAAGAGCUUUACGACAUGGGUCAGAUGACCUACACCGGACAGCUAGCCUAUGUAUCAGCUUUCGGUUACUCGUUCACGGAGAGCGUCCUAAGAGCUAAGGGCGUCCAAAAACUCCUAAAAUCCGACGAAAAAUUCGAUCUCGUACUCAUAGAGAACUUCCUAAACGAAGCAAUGGCGAUAUUCCAGUACAAAUUCAAGUGCCCUUCUGUGAUACUCACGCCAAGCCCUCCCACAAUCUUCAACAACCACCUUUUCGCCAAUCCUUCCCAACCUGCUUAUGUUCCAAACAUCCUGGCGGCCAAUUUUGGAACGCACACAACGCUGUGGGAAAGAAUACUCAACGUCUACUAUGACGUCGUAGGAGAAUUAUACGUUCAAUUGGUAAAUAUACCAAACCAAAACGCACUGUUGCAAAAAUAUGUACCUGGGGCACCUUACAUUAGAGAUAUCCUUUACAACGCCAGUUUCAUGCUCCUAACUUCGCAUAUAAGUCUCAGAGACGCUGCUCCACUACAGCCUAAUAUGAAGGAUAUUGGAGGUUACCACUUGCUACCUCCUAAACCUUUGCCCAAAGAUCUCCAGGAGUUUUUGGACAACGCUAAAGAGGGGGUCAUAGUCUUCUCUAUGGGAUCUUUCUUGAGGAGCGCUGAUUUUUCGAGGGAGAAGAAGGAAGCAGUCUUGAAAGUAUUUUCAAGACUGAAGCAAAAAGUGCUGUGGAAGUACGAGACAGAUUUGCCAGAGAAGUCGGACAACGUGAAGAUAGUCAGCUGGAUGCCACAGCAAGAUGUCUUGGCUCAUCCAAAUAUCGUCGCCUUCGUGACCCAUGUGGGACUACUAGGGAAGAUAGAAGCAGUCUACUACGGCGUUCCUAUGCUAGGACUUCCGGUUUAUUGGGAUCAAGAGAAAAACGGAUAUGAUGCAGCUCGUCAGGGUUUCGCUCUCACCAUCCCGUUUCCUCAACUCACCGAGAAGAACUUCGCUUGGGCUCUGAACGAAUUGAUAAAUAAUUCCAAAUAUAGAGACAACGCAAAAACGCGAUCGAAGAUAAUGCACGACCAACCGUUGAAACAACUCGACGAAGCGAUGUUUUGGAUCGAAUACGUCAUCAGGCAUAAGGGGGCCCCACACUUUAGGACGCCCGCGCUGAAUCUCAAGUGGUAUCAGAGGCUCUUGCUGGAUGUAAUUCUUGUAGUAGGUGUAACUGUAGUAUCGAUUUGUGUCAUCAUUUCCUAUUUACUGAAAUGGAUGCUUAAUAGUAUUAACAAAAACUAUUUGAAAAGGAAGGAACAGAAACUAGAUUGAUGGAAUUUAGAAAAACUGGUAAUUAUGAUGAUUUUGCCACAAAGAAAAUGAAGAAGGACGUCUGUAAUUCACCAAACUUUUCUUAUUGUUAGGCAACCAUAUAUACUCGUAUAUGUUUCCUUACAACGAUUCAAUAAUCAUGUGCUUUAGAAUUAUUUUGGAUGGUUUAAAAUUUAAAUUAAUAGCGAUGUAGAGUUACUUGAAAGGACUAUGUACGCGUACAUAAUUAAAAUCGUUCAUUAUUAACACACUA